AUGGCGGCGCCGGCCCGCUGGGUGCUAUGCCUGUGCCUGGGCUGGAGCUGCCUGUGCCUGCCGCUGGCCGACGCGCUGCGGCCGUGCCGGGUCGGGCUGCGGCGGCGGGCGGCGCCGGGGGCCGUGCGGGACGGCAGCGCCCGGGCGGCCGCAGGUGACGACGGCCCGGGGCAGCGGCGGCACGGGCGGCCGCCGGCGGCGGACAGGGUCGCGGAGCACAUGCUGCGGCUCUACGAGCAGUACCGCGGGACCCGGCACCCGCCGGCAGGGCCGCCGCUCCCCCGGGGCAACACGGUGCGCGGCUUCCGCCCGCUGCCGACAGGUGAGCCGGAAGACCAGGAAAUGUAUGUUUUUAACUUGACGUCGCUCACAGAGUCUGAAAACGUCUUGUCGGCUUCAGUGUAUUAUUAUAUUGGUGAUCUGCUGCGUGUCAAGUGGAACUGUUCACAGUCCAGUGGCUGCUCUUGUCACAGGCAUAGGAGACCUGACAUUCAGAUAUGUCUUUCGGUUUGGGCCUUUCCUUCUGUUGGGAACCAGACUCGGAGCCUGGGACAUUUCCUAAUAAAUGUCUCCACUGCUUACCCAGACAUCCUUUCUUGGCAGUGGAAGGAUAUCACUCGGCUCCUGCAUGAAGCAAAGCAAAACAACGAACUGGUGAUCAGUGUCAAAAUAGCUCUGUCUGGCCAUCAUCCCUGGGAAAGGGCAUCUUCUUGCUGUGAACCCUACAUCCUGAUUUAUGCCAAUGAUUCUGCUAUCUCAGAGCCUGAGAGUGUCAUCUCAACUUUGCGAGGACACCGUCAUCCUCUGGCAAGAGUCUUUGCCAAGCCAGAAAGCCACGUGAGGAGCAGCCUUGGGAAGCACCGGAGGAAACGCUCUGCAAACAUCCUGUUGCCACUGCAGAAUAACGAGCUGCCGGGAGCCGAGUACUGGUACGGCGAGAAGGAGAGAGCAGAAGACAGAAAACCUUAUAAAACCUUCCAGCCGCAGUCAGCAGAGAGGGCCAAGAGUAAGAAAAAGCAAAGGAAGAAUCAUCCUCAGAAGAGCCAGACUCUCCAGUUCGAUGAGCAAACGCUGAAGAAGGCGAGGAGGAAGCAGUGGAAUGAGCCAAGGUAUUGCGCCCGGCGCUAUCUCAAGGUGGAUUUUGCAGACAUCGGCUGGAGCGAGUGGAUUAUUUCUCCUAAGUCCUUUGACGCCUAUUACUGCUCAGGGGAAUGCCAAUUUCCUAUUCCAAAGGCCUUGAAGCCAUCCAACCACGCCACCAUCCAGAGCAUAGUGAGAGCCGUCGGAGUUGUCCCUGGCAUUCCUGAGCCUUGCUGUGUUCCUGACAAAAUGUCUUCUCUUAGUAUCUUGUUCUUUGAUGAAAACAAAAAUGUGGUUCUGAAGGUGUACCCCAACAUGACAGUGGAGUCCUGUGCAUGCAGAUAACACCCU